AUGGUCCGGCCAACUACUAAAAGGAAGGUCGAGGAUGAACAUCAUGCUACGUACGAUAAGCGGCUGAGAACAGCGCCUUCAUUCUCUAGUGGGUCGCGCAUACCGGCAUUGGGUACCCAAGAUGCCCCGGUUGAGAUUGAAUCGAGUCCAGAGCCGGAGCAGAACACAACUCCGCCCCGUUCCACGCUCUCGGUAAAGGAAUGGGGCCUUCCUGUGGAUCUUUCUGGAGGUCGUCCGUACUACGCAAUAGUUGGCCAUGUACCUGGAAUAUACACAGGAAAUUGGAAAGCUAUAGAGGAUGCAUAUCUCAGGGGGUAUCAGGGAAACAAAAAAAAGAAGUUCAAAACCGUGGACGAAGCAUGGGACUUUCUAGAGGAACACAGACACUUGGUCGAACAAGCACUGAACCGCGAUCGUGGACGCGCCUACCUGACUAGCAUCGGGAAAGCCCCGCCAGCCAAACCGCAGCCUAGACGAUCUGCUGGUAUCGCACAGCACCAAUCGCCCUUGCCCUCGUCAUCGUAUACUCAAUCCCGAUCCUAUUCAAAUCAAUCAGCAACUCCCGAGAGCGAGGAUGAGUCGUUGACCCCCCAAACUGCUUUUCAACGGCCUAAUUCUUCCCUGAAUGGCCCCCAACCACGCGCAAACAACAACGUUGCCGCUGCGCCAGAGGUAACUCUAGAUCCAGAACAGCAUUAUGUGGUUGACCUAAUUAUGGCGGGGUGCAACGUAUUUUAUACCGGUCCUGCGGGCUGCGGAAAGUCAGCUAUCCUUAGAGUAUUCAAGAAGAGACUUGAGGAGCAAAGGAAGAUUAUAUUUGUGACUGCCCCCACAAAUAUUGCUGCACUUGCCAUAGGAGGUCAAACUACAUACAGCUACGCUGGCUGGCAUAUGGAGAUUGGCAAGGAACCACUUAACAAUCUAAAGAAGAGAGUAUUGAAAGGCAGGCAGAAAGAAUUAUUCUGUAACACCGACGUCCUUGUCGUCGAUGAGAUCAGCAUGGUGGAGAACAACUUCUUCGGACGUCUCAGUGAAGUAAUGAAGUCCGCCAGGAACAGUAAGGAAGCUUUUGGUGGAGUACAAAUCAUUGUCACAGGAGACGAAUGUAACUUUGUCAAUAUCAACCUAUCGAAGAUCCAUCGGCAAGACGAUCCAUUCUUCAGAUCUAUUCUCAACAGGAUCCGUCUCGAGGGUAUCAUCCAGCCUGAGCAUAAAGAAAUCUUACUCAACCACGAGUCAGAGACGGAAGGGGCGAUCGAGAUAUCUACUCACAAGGCCUUGGUCGCAAAGCAAAACAAGAAGAAGAUCGACGAACUGCCGGGAAAAGCGAUAGCUUACAGAUGCAAGGACUUCUUCCUGUGGAAAGAUCACCACAAGGGUGAUAUAAGCUUGAAAAAGUAUUUACAGAGAGGCGAUGGUGGCCACUUACAUUAUCUCAGCGACCAUCGCUACGAAGCAGAAUUGGACCUCAAGCAAAACAUGCGCGUUGUACUACUACACAACCUCGCACCAGGCCUUGGCCUUGUCAAUGGUUCACAAGGCACGAUAAUCGGCUUCGAGAGAUAUGACCCAGAGAAGCUACCCAUAAAAGAUAGCCCACUAACCGGUCCCCACGCACGCUACUGCGAAGAAGAAAUUAAGCGAUUCGCCGAGAGGAACGAGUUCCGACCUUGGCCGGUUGUGCGGUUCGACAACGGUCUCACAGAGACCAUAUAUGCCGAUUGCUCGGCCGCCGAACGUGGUGUCAGCGAGCCAUUUAGCUUGCUUUCGAGGACGCAGAUUCCACUCAUGGCUGGGUAUAGUGUGACGAUACACAAAGCACAAGGUAUGACGCUUGAUAAGGUGAAGGUAGACUUGGCCAAGUCGUUCGAGACCGAACAGCCGUAUGUUGCUCUCAGCAGAGCCAAGAGUCUACAUGGUCUGACAGUGCUCUCACUUCCCGCCCACGGAUUCGGUGGACGUAACAGAGAGGUCAAGGAGUUUCUUGACUCUUUUUCUAGGAAUAGCGUCCAGGUGUUAUGA